AUGAUUCGUAAAAGUCACGCUGUCACUUUACCAAGAGGUGGGAGGGUUAUGAAGUGUUCUGAGAUGACGAACACCUCGCUCGUCAACCAGCUUCUAUUCAGGCUGUUCCGUCAGAUGGAACCGUUCAGGUCAUCCAAACAAUACAGAAAGCUGAAUCACUAUCAGCCGAACGGUAAUAUGAGAGUCGACAACUCCUUCGUAUUGGAGCGUAAAUACUUGUGGAACACAUGGUCUGAGGAGUGGGUGGUGCUUUACGAUGACUCCACCAUGGCCUGGUUUAAGGAUGCUUCAGGCAAAUGCAUGGUGACCCAGAAACACCUGGUGAAGGAAAGUCCAGAAAUGCUGGCCAUUUCCAGCUGGACAGGUCAAGUUCCCAAGCGACCGCCUCUUCCACCUGGAACCAAGCUAUCACAGCUCAUGGCUCUCGGCUCCCGAAGAAACCCUGGCCACGUAGUCUGGAUGCUGGCAAAAUCCGACUCGGAAAUGAGGGAAUGGAUGAGCGCUAUAUCAAAAACACUACCACCACCUCCUCACAUCGAACUGGUGAUGUCGAUGCCGUACCUCCGCACAGCCUUCAAACGACCCACUGUCAGGGUCAGGCCUACAACAUCAGCGGAUAUGUACUCCCGUUCAUCUCGCAACGCUGUAGGGGCGUUGGACGGGCGCGGCCUGGUGGCAGUCAUUAAGCGACAAGUACCACUGGCUGGGCAACUGGAUCACGAGCUAGCUUGGGGUCAGGGAUGGGGAUGGGUCACGCUGCCCAAUGGAGCUUGGAGUGGCAGAUUAACAUGGUCUCAAGAGGGUGACGACUUCGCUCUUCACGCGAUGCCCAUCAUGCAUCACACGAAUGUCUCCCAGGCCUGCUCCAUGCUGGAUGGAGUCACAGCCUAUGAAGCCUCAGCCUACGAACAGGCCCUGGCCGAAUACGAUGACACUGCCACAACCUCCGACGACUGGGACUUCGGAGUCGACUGCGGUGACUUCAUGAUGUAA